AUGUAUUGCAUUGCUCACGAUCCUGUGUAUCAUAGUCCUCGACGUACUGUUUCAUUUUAUGUUCUGCAAAGCAAAUUGAAUCUAUCAGCUUUUGUGAAAAGUUUUACUUAUAGUCCUCCUAUGCUUAUGAUGCUGGAAUACAUUAAACAACGCAUCGAAAGAAUGGCUUAUGCCGAUAUGAAUGAUCCAGAGGAGGAUAGGAAAAAUCGUGGUAUGGAUAAGUUAACCGGUGGCAAUAGUCGAUUGAGAGGAUGUUUUGGUGAUCGAAGAAUGAUAUUAUUCAUUGUAUUUGUUGCAUUAUUUCUGGACAAUAUGUUGUUGACCACAGUCGUUCCUAUCAUCCCUGACUUCCUAAUGGCUCAUCGGACAAGAAAUUUAUCAACUUCUAUAAAAGAGACAUUGUUACAAGAUGAAUACUGUGUAAAACUGUUAAAUGUUUCAGAUAAAAUAAGACUACAGAAAUCAAUUAUUUGGGCAUCCAGAGGGCACGCUGCACAUAAUAAACCAAUAGAAAUUAAAGACCAACUACGAAGCUUGUUAGAUGAUGGCAGAAUUCGAUAUCUACUUGCUGAUACCAGAUUUAAUCAUUGUAUGGCAAAUGUAACCGAAGAGAUUGAGAAAAUUACUGAUGAAGAAUUGGGAAAUGAACACAUCCAAGUUGGUUUAAUGUUUGCUUCCAAAGCAAUUAUUCAACUAAUCGUAAAUCCUUUAAUUGGCCCAUUGACAAACAAAAUCGGUUACAGUAUUCCAAUGUUCACCGGAUUUGUGAUCAUGUUCACAUCCACCAUUGUGUUUGCAUUUGGUGAAAGUUAUGCAGUACUUUUCGUCGCACGAGCUUUACAAGGUGUUGGGUCUGCUUGCUCCAGUGUAUCAGGAAUGGGAAUGUUAGCCACAUGUUACAGUGACGAUAAAGAAAGAAGUCACGCCUUUGCUAUUGCACUGAGUGGAUUAGCUAUGGGUGUAUUAGUCGGUCCACCUUUCGGAGGAAUUACUUACCAAUUUAUCAAUAAAGAAGCUCCAUUUCUGAUUCUGGCCACACUAGCACUGGGUGAUGGAAUUUUACAGGUAAUUGCACUGAAGCCAGCAGUGCGUAAAGAAGACGAAGAAGGGACUGCCAUAUUAGAACUUCUGAAAGAUCCGUAUAUACUUAUAGCUGCAGGUUCGAUAACAUUUGGUAAUAUGGGUAUAGCUAUGCUUGAGCCAACUUUACCUUUAUGGAUGUGGAAUACAAUGAAAUCUGAAGGUUGGCAACAAGGGGUUGCCUUCUUACCAUGCAGCAUUGCUUAUUUUAUUGGUACGAAUGUAUUCGGUCCCAUCGCGCAUAAAAUCGGUAGAGGCAUAAGUGCUGGAAUCGGUAUGGUGAUUUGCGGGGUAUGCCUAAUUGCUAUUCCGUUUUGUACACGAAUUGAACAUUUAAUCGUUCCCAUGGGUGGACUGGGAUUUGCGAUAGGUAUGGUUGAUUCGUCUAUGAUGCCAAUUAUGGGUUAUCUAGUCGAUUUAAGACAUGUAGCUGUCUAUGGAAGUGUUUACGCUAUAGCAGAUGUUGCAUUCUGUCUGGGAUUCGCUGUCGGACCUAUACUUAGUGGUGCCAUAGUGAAAGGCCUAGGAUUCAGCUGGAUGCUUUGGUCUAUUUCCAUCGUAUGUCUGAUGUAUUCUCCGUUGACACUGUAUCUGAGAAAUCCACCGAAAGAGAAGAAGCUCGAUCACUUGUCGACAUGA